AUGGCCGCCGCGGCCUCCUCCCCGCCCGCGCUGCGCCUCGCCGCCCUCCUCCUCCUCCUCCUCCUCUUCCUCGUGGCGCCGACGACCACCACCGCGCUCACCGACGACGUGCUCGCGCUGGUGGUCUUCAAAACCGGCGUCGCGGACCCGCAGGGCCGCCUCGCCGCGUGGACGGAGGACGACGACCGCCCCUGCUCCUGGCCGGGCGUCGGCUGCGACGCGCGCACGGGCCGCGUCACCUCGCUCUCCCUCCCGGCCGCCUCCCUCUCGGGCCGCCUCCCGCGCGCGCUGCUCCGCCUCGACGCGCUCCUCACCCUCUCUCUCCCCCGCAACAACCUCUCCGGCCCGGUGCUCCCCACGCUCCUCGGCUCCCUCCCGCGCCUCCGCGCCCUCGACCUCUCCUCCAACCGCCUCGCCGCCGCCAUCCCCGCCGACCUCUUCGCGCAAUGCCGCGACAUCCGCACCAUCUCCCUCGCCCGCAACGACCUCUCGGGCUACAUCCCGCCCGCCGUCGCCUCCUGCUCCUCGCUCCUCUCCCUCAACCUCUCCUCCAACCGCCUCGCGGGCCCCAUCCCCGACGGCCUCUGGUCGCUGCCUUCCCUCCGCUCCCUCGACCUCUCCGGCAACGCGCUCUCGGGCAGCGUCCCCGGCGGCUUCCCGCGCAGCAGCGCGCUGCGGGCGCUCGACCUCAGCCGCAACAUGUUCGCCGGCGAAAUCCCCGCCGACGUCGGCGAGGCCGCGCUGCUCAAGUCGCUGGAUCUCGGCCGCAACUUCUUCACCGGCGCCCUGCCUGACUCCCUGCGCAGACUCUCCUCCCUGCGGUUCCUCGGCGCCGCCGGCAACGCGCUCGCGGGUGAAGUCCCCGCGUGGAUCGGGGAGAUGUGGGCGCUCGAGCGCUUCGACCUCUCCGGCAACCUUCUCUCCGGCUCCCUCCCCGACGACAUCGCCAGGUGCAAAAACCUGCUCGAGGCCGACCUCAGCCGCAACGCGCUCACCGGCGAGCUCCCCUGGUGGGUCUUCGGCCUGCCGCUGCAGCGCGUCUCGGUCGCGGGCAACAGGCUGCACGGCUGGGUCAAGGUCCCUGGAGACGCCGCGCUGGCGCUGCGCGUGCUGGACCUCUCCAGCAACGGCUUCUCCGGCGGGAUCCCGCCGCAGAUCACUGCGUUCGCGGGCUUGCAGUUUCUCAACCUGUCCUCCAAUUCCAUGUCGGGCCAGCUGCCAGCUGGCAUUGGUGGGAUGAGGCUGCUGGAGGUGCUCGACGUCAGCGCUAACGCCCUUGAUGGAAGCCUGCCACCGGAGAUUGGCGGCGCUGUUGCGCUCCGGGAGCUGCGGAUGGGGAUGAAUUCAUUCACCGGCCGAAUCCCCGCACAGAUCGGCAGCUGCAGUUCCCUCGUUGCAUUGGAUUUGUCACACAACAGCAUCACGGGACCGAUUCCGAGCACCUUGGGCAACCUAACCAGUCUCCAUAUGGUUGAUCUUUCCCAGAACAAGCUGAAUGGGACCCUGCCUGUGGAACUAUCUAAUCUCCCCAGCUUGCACACCUUUGAUGUCUCCCACAACUUAUUAUCAGGAGAUCUCCCAAAUAGCCGUUUCUUCGACAACAUCCCCAGCUACUUUAUAGCUGACAAUUCUGGCCUAUGCAAUUCCCGGAAGAACAAUUCCUGUAGCAGCGCGGUCAUGCCAAAGCCGCUUGUGCUCAAUCCCAACUCCUCGUCGAACCCCUCGUCGCAAGCUGCAGAGAGUUCCCCUAGCAGCAAGCACCACAAGAAAAUCAUAUUGAGCGUCUCCACCCUCAUUGCCAUUGCUGGUGGUGCUGCCAUUGCUAUCGGAGUGAUCACUGUAACUGUGCUGAAUCGUCGUGUCCGUGCAGCCUCCUCCAGCGCAAAGCCUGCUAUCGCACUAUCUGAUGAUUACCUUAGUCAGUCCCCGGAGAAUGAUGCUAGCUCCGGGAAGCUUGUCAUGUUUGGUAAAGGAAGCCCGGAGUUCAGUGCUGGUGGGCAUGCCCUGUUGAACAAGGAUUGUGAGCUUGGGCGAGGAGGCUUUGGUGCAGUCUACAAGACGGUGCUCAGAGACGGCCAGCCAGUGGCCAUCAAGAAGCUCACCGUCUCCAGCUUGGUGAAGUCUAGGGAUGACUUUGAGCGACAAGUGAAGCUGCUCAGCAAGGUGCGGCACCACAAUAUUGUCACACUGAGAGGCUUUUACUGGACUUCAUCACUGCAGCUCCUUAUCUACGAUUAUCUGCCUGGAGGAAAUCUGCACAAGCACCUGCACGAGUGCACGGAGGAGAACUCGCUUUCCUGGAUGGAGAGGUUCGACAUCAUCAUCGGCGUUGCCAGGGGACUGAUGCACCUCCACCAGCGUGGGGUCGUCCAUUACAAUCUCAAGUCAAGCAAUGUGCUGCUGGACAGCAACGGUGAACCCAGAGUGGGUGACUAUGGUCUUGCAAGCCUACUCCCAAUGCUAGACCGGUAUGUGCUGAGCAGCAAGAUCCAGAGUGCACUUGGGUACAUGGCGCCAGAGUUCGCUUGCAACACGGUGAAGAUCACAGAGAAGUGCGACGUCUACGGCUUUGGGGUGCUCGUGCUGGAGAUCUUGACUGGCAGGAGGCCCGUUGAGUACUUGGAAGACGAUGUUGUCGUGCUGUGCGAUCUGGUGAGAAGCGCGCUGGAGGAAGGCAGGCUCGAGGACUGCAUGGAUCCACGGCUGUGCGGUGAGUUUCCGAUGGAGGAGGCCAUGCCGAUCAUCAAGCUGGGCCUUGUUUGCACCUCGCAGGUGCCGUCGAAGCGACCGGACAUGGGUGAGGUGGUAAGUAUACUUGAGGUGGUGAGGAGUCCUCAAGAUAGUGCUGGGGAUGAGCUGGUCUAG